ACCCUCCUGAGCCCGCCCGGGGGACCCCCGCCGCCCCGGUCCCUGCCCGUGCCGGCGGCCGAGGGGCCCCGCAGCCCAGCGGCGCCCGAGGGACCCGCCACCCCGCCCCGCCCCGCGGGCGAUGGAGCCUCCGGCGGCCGCCGCUCCCCAGGUAGAAACAGAUGACCAAAUAGCCCUCCUUAGUAAGCCCAGGAAAAAAGGAGGAAACAGUGAUCUGGCAUCAGCUGCAUUUAACAUUGUCAAUUCAAUCAUAGGAUCAGGCCUUAUAGGAUUACCAUAUUCAAUGAAGGAAGCUGGUUUUCCUCUAGGAGUGCUACUUUUAUUUGUGGUUGCCUACAUCACAGGUUAUUCCAUUAUAUUACUGAUCAAAGGAGGAAACCUGUCCAGUACCACCACAUACCAAGAGCUGGUCAGAAAAACCUAUGGUCGUGCAGGUUAUAUAAUUCUUUCAACUCUUCAGUUUUUAUAUCCAUUUAUUGCUAUGAUCAGUUACAACAUAAUAACAGGAGACACUUUAACCAAAGUUUUUCAGAGAAUUCCUGGAGAUGAUUCCUGUAAUGGUCAUUUGAAGUGCAUUGGAAACUGCACUUCAUCUGUUGGGCUGGAUAACGUGCUUACUGACCGUCACUUCAUAAUUCUUCUUACCACCAUCAUCUUUACCUUACCCUUAUCUUUAUAUCAAGAUAUAGCAAAAUUGGGAAAGAUAUCUCUUAUUUCUCUGAUUUUAACCAUUGUCAUCCUGAUAAUUGUGAUGGUGAGAACAGUAACCUUCAGUCCACAAGUACCCAAAUCGGAAAAUGCAUGGACAUUUGCAAGAUCAAAUGCAAUACAAGCCAUUGGGGUGAUGUCGUUUGCAUUCAUCUGCAACCAUAACAGCUUUUUAAUAUACGGAUCUCUGGAAGAACCCACGUUAAAGAACUGGUCUCAAGUCACACAUGUGUCUGUCUCACUGGCUGUUGUAAUCAGUGUCGUGUUUGCUGCAUGUGGAUAUAUGACUUUUACAGGAUACACAGAAGGAGAUAUAUUUGAAAACUACUGUAGAGAUGACAACCUUGCUACAUUUGGAAGGUUUUGUUAUGGAGUUACUGUAAUUCUGACCUUCCCCCUUGAAUGUUUUGUGACCAGAGAGGUGAUUGCCAAUGUGUUUUUCCAUGGGAACCUCUCCACAGUUUUCCAUAUUGUUGUGACAGUAGUUAUCGUUGCUGUGGCGACUGGUGUAUCAUUAGUGUAUGAUUGCCUUGGAAUAGUUUUAGAACUGAAUGGAGUUCUGAGUGCUACCCCACUUGUUUUUAUCAUCCCAUCAGCAUGUUAUCUGAGGCUGUCCAAGGAGCGAUGGAACCAUUCCGAUAACCUCAUAUCCGGCCUGAUUCUUGCUCUUGGUGUGCUAGUGAUGGCAGUUGGGUUUGUUAUGACUGUCUUGCACCCCCAGGAGUGUAGCCAUGGAAAAGAAAUGUUCUACUGCUUCCCUAGUAAUGUUUCUGUUCACAACAGUACACUGCCACCAUAGGUAGCACACCAGUCUCCAGACUGGAUCAGGGACAUCUCGCGGUGAGCCGUACAUGCCAGUUUAAAGGAGGGUGGAACAAAGAGCUUUGAUACUUUGAUAUGCACUAAGAAUUUUAAACUGUAUAACUGUAUUUAUGUACUUGAUUUUAUGCUGCCAUCCUUUCCCAGGUAAGACUUGAGUUUUAACUAUGGAAACACAAAUUCUCAGAGGUGCCUUUCAGUAGACAUUACUUGAAUAACUUGCAAGCCUAAGAAAAAGGUUGCAUUUUUUUAACUUGGUCUGCAAUGCUGUUUAAAAGCUAUAAAUUAAAUGUUCUGGAAUGUAAACAACUCCCAUGUUUCAUUGAUUUAAUUUAAUUUUUAUUAAUUUUAUAAUCUUUUCACGUAUAUUUAUUAGCACACUAUAGUAUAGGACUUUUUGAAGUCCUGGUGAAAACUAUGUCUAGAUCUCUGUGUAUUAAAAUUCUGCUGUUAAAUUGAAAGACCCUUAUUAAUUCUGUCUUUGAUUUUGCAAUAACUGCCCUUUAGUGCUGAAAGCUUUCCUUAUAGUGGCUCUUAAGUCAAUUUUGUAUUCUGACUGAACUGUAACUGACACGGU